GGGCGCUGCGCCCCGGCCCUAGGCUGCCGCGGCUCCUCCUCCGGCGCGGCCCGGCCCGGUACCAUGAGCGGCGGAUGUAAACAUUUUGUCCAAGAACUAAAUAAGUUUGAGUUAUCAGGCUGUGCGAGGAGCACUUAACCCUCACCUGGAUUCAUCCUCUGUAAACUUGACCGAACUCUGAUGUGUGGUCACUUUCCGAGGUUCAUUAUGACUGCUUGGGCCAGCAGGCCCCAUACAAAUUCGAUGUGGAUUUGAGAGAUUAUGGCCUCUGAAGCCCACAAUGUUAGAAAACAGAAAGUAUUGCAUAUCGAAGGUUGUCUCGUUGAUCUCCCCAGAAAAAGAAUUUCUUCUUCCACUAGAAAGAUCAUGAAGGAGGGUAAGAAAUCUCCAAAACAGCUGGCUUCAUACACAAACAGAAUAACAGUUGGAAAAACAGUGACCAGUCCCCUGUCUCUCUUCAAAGUAGUAUAUUGUAAAAGAAAAGUUUGUUGUUAUACUCCAAAGCCUUGUUAUAAAAAGAAACAGUUCCCUAAAUCAAGGGGCUGUGACAUGGCAAAUAAAGAAAAUGAACUGGCUUGUGCAGGGAAUCUGCCAGCAAAACUGCACGACAGUCGUACACACUUGCUGAAUUCUAGUGACUCUGGCUCAUCUCAAACAGAAGGCCCCUCAUCCAAAUAUAGUGGAUUUUUUUCAGAGGUUUCUCAGGACCAUGAAACUAUGGCUCAAGUUCUUUUCAGCAGGAAUCUGAGGCUGAAUGUAGCUUUAACCUUUUGGAGAAGGAGAAGUAUAAGUGAACUGGUAGCCUACCUAGUGAGGAUACAGGAUCUUGGAGUAGUAGUAGACUGCCUUCCCGUGCUUACGAACAGUUUACAGGAAGAAAAACCAUAUAUUUCAAUUGGCUGCUGUGUAGAUCUUUUGCCUUUAGUGAAAUCACUACUUAAAAGCAAAUACGAGGAAUAUGUGAUAGUUGGUUUAAACUGGCUUCAGGCUGUCAUUAAAAGAUGGUGGUCAGAACUAUCUUCACAUGCAGAGAGGGCAGAUGAUAGAAAUAUUCAUAUUUUAAAAGAACUGUUAAGUGGAUUAUGGGAACAAGAGAAUCAUCUUACUCUGGUUCCAGGAUAUACUGGUAAUAUAGCUAAGGAUGUAAAUGCUUAUUUAUUACAACUACACUGACAUGAUUGAGAAAUGGCGUGCUUAUGUGGUGAAACAAUCCCCUAAAAUAUCCCUGAAAUACGUACUAUUUCUGAAAGCCUUUUGAGAAAUAUUGGCGGAAGAGAACUGAACUGUCAAGCUGUUUAAUGAAACCACUAACAAAAUCCUAACAAUCUACUUCACAUUGAAGUGGAAAAAUGUCUAGUAGGAGCAACUUUUACUUCAGUGAGGUGAAAGUGCACUAUGAAAACUGUAUGCCUUUGCUGCAUUUGGGAUUCGUUCAGUUACUAGGUAUUCAUUUAAAUGCUACUGUUUUACUACAACGUCGCAUAAAAAGUUGAAUUACACCAUCAUGAAGACGAGACAGCAGAACCAGUUAUAAUGAACCAACAAGAGUAAUCAGCAUUAAGAGCUUUUAAGUGUUUUUCACAAGAACUCCAAAAUGCACAACUAUCUUCCAUUUAUGUUAAAGAAAACUUUGAAAUAUUGAAUUUCUUCUGUUUUAAUCAAAAUUAAAGACUUUUUGUUUGCACUAUUGAGAAACUAUACAGCAAAGAUGCCUUAAUUACUAGUGUUUCAAAAAGCCAAUGUGUUAAGUUGCAAAUAGCUAUUACGUUCAGAUUGUGUUGAAAAACUACUACAAAAAUCAGGGUUUCACAUUGUGUAGUUGUUUAUGAAACAUUGCACAUUGACAAAAAUUCAUGUAUGAAAUAAUAUAAAUACCUGAAGUUAAGCUUGGAUAAACAGUUAUUACAAAUGUGAGCAGAAUGGUGAAUUUGUCUAACAAAUGUUUUUAUAUUGUAUGUGGAUUUCUAACACAGUAAUCUUGUUCUGUAUCAUUUAAACUACAUGCAAAUAAGUAAAUAUAUUAAAUGUAUCUUUUCUUUUCAAGUUCAUAAAAAUAAUUUCUAGAACAAUUUCUUCCACAGUACCUUUUAUUGUAGUUAUAUCUAUUGUUCGUAAAAUGUUUACAGCCAGAAGAGGCCAUGUUAUUCAAGUUAUACCCUUUAUAUAUACUACCUCCUUUAAGAAAUUGACAGAACCUUGCAAAAUUCAACAAUAACCAGGUUUACUCAUGAUAAAUUCAAACUACUUUAAACUGAAAAUAACAAACAUUGAAAAUACAACUAUAAACUGUUCCUCUCCUAUUGCCAUCCUGUGCUAUUUUAAUUUAAAAGCUAGAGAUGAAUAGCUCUGAGGGAGUUGUGUUUUUAGGCUUGCUACUGCUUUUUUUUGUGAUGAGGAAGCAUGCUUUUCUAAUUAAAUCAUAUGAAGUGCCAGCUGUUCACUUAAUAAUACACGUGCAUCACCAAAUUACUUUCUAUGGGGAAACAAAGUGCUUAGGGUUAUUUUCAUGCCUAACAUCAAGCAUAUGCACUUUUAUUGAAGUGCUAGGCAGGAGAAAGACUUUUGACAGCCUCAAGUGGUUUUUACUCUACAGGUGAAACUGAUGAGUUUUGAACUUAAGUAGUGGUCAACAGCUUUAGGUCUACUGUUGCUUCAUUUUAUAGUUUGUACGUAAUUUACAUGUCAUUAUUGCUAACUUCUGAAGGCCAAUUAGAAAUCUGUCAUCAGAACUUGGUACUUUUUGGUUAUUUGAAUAUUCUUUAAAUAACCAAAGGUUCUAUGCUUUCCAGGGCAGUCAGCUACAGGGAAGAAUAUUUGGGACAUCCCAAAACUGAUAAUUUAGUGGGACACUCUCUUGAGAUAUGAGUAGCAUGACUCUUUUUGCUAGAAUUAUACAUUACUGAGAGGUAUUUCACACUCCAAAGAGUUUGAGAUAAUACCUAAUGCUUCUCAAAAUAUUUUUUCUGUAAAGUAAAAAAAAUAUAAAGGAAUUACAAUAUGGUAAUGGAUAGUGGAACACUUAAAUAUAAAAGUAACAAGGGCUGAUUUCAGAAUUUGGGAUGUAAUGGCUGAAGCUCUUAGAUUAUUCCUCAAUAAGCAUACCAUAAAGGUGGUGGAAACUUGGAUUUUAAUGUCUCGUAGUUUUUAUAGGCAAGGUGAAGAAAUUCAUGGCCAUGUCUUCCAGAUAAUACAAUAAAUAAUUGCUGUAAUAAAACGAAAUAUUCUACUAUUCAAAAACUCUUGCUGAACUAUAAAUAUGAACAUAUGGGCUGAUACUGAAUUCUGCAUACAGCCAUGGUUUCUACUUUUUCUAACUGUGGAUGGUGCUUUUAUUCUGAUGGCAAGGUAAGAUUGUCUUAAGAAUCAUUAUUGAUAUUUAUGUAAUAAAAGAAUGCAUUAUUUUUAACUGUCAAAAGUUGUAUUUUGACAGCAUCAAUAAUACAGUAUUAAACAUUAAGUUGUUAGUAUUUGUGCCUUAUUUAAAAUGAUUUUUUUACCGUUUUCAGGCAACUGCUAGACUAUAAGAACACGAUUCAUUGAUGUUGUUAUCAACAGAACUCUGGCUACUGUCCAUUACUGAGUGAUUUUUGUCAUGUUUUUAAGUAACUCAUUUAGCUAUUCAGGUUGAAAUUCAGGUUCAGCUUGUAUGCUCUUCAGUUCUCAACUAGCUACAAAUCAGUUUUUCUGUAAUAGAACGUAUAUGUAUAAUGUCUGCUCAAAGGUGAU